AUGUGGUGGUUCCUCCGAAUCGUCACCAGUGCCAUCUUCCUGCUGAGCAUAGUGCUUUCCAUACCCGUCGCCUUCGAUGUCGGCGGCAGGGAUAGUGGCCUGGCCUACAGUCUCGCCCUUUGCGGCUUCUACUUUGUCUACUCGGCCAUCGCCGUCGUCACCCCCGCCGAGUCGCGCGUUCGAUGGGCCAUCUCCGUCAUCCUCCGUCUUUCGCAGUGGAUUGUCAUCCCGGGCCUGCUGAUUUGGGCCCUCGGUCGUUUCGCAGUCGAUGCCGGGGCUACCAACUGGGUGGAGCGGACGUUGCAAGGACUCACGUCCUCCAAGUCGACGUCAUGGGGUGAGUGGGUGUUUGGCGAAGGCGGCGUUGUCGAGACCAUUACCUUGGGUGGUUGGGAUAAGACCCUGAGGUACUCGAGUCCGGUCUUCCAGCUUCUCGAGGGUUUCUGCACUCUGCUUGUCAUCCAGGCCGCCGGACAGAUCACGAAGUGGCUGGUCAACAGAGGACGAAGUGACACUUGGAUUAUCGUCCUGCUCGUCAUCUCUGGCAGCGUGCUUGCGAGUGCCGUCUACUUCCUCUGGCGCGUUGCCCAUUUUCCUUACAUCGACAACUCCGAUGCGAUUCUGAUUGGCGUCACCAUGACUUCGGCCUUCUUCCUCUGCGCGUACGGCAUAGGCAGCGGCCGCGGGAAUCCUGUCGAGUCGUCGCUUCUCUUCGCAUACGUUGUCCUUUGCGUCUACCAAAUUUUCACUGACUACCUCCCCUCCGAGUCCACCGAGGCGGACCAACACCAGUCGUCUCAGCCUGACUUCCCGCCUCUGCCGCCCAUCAUCAUGGCAUCUUACUCGACCCUGCUUCACAUGCUCGGCUCUCUCCCCCACGCCGUUCACUCGUCUCUCAGUCUUCUUUACGCCGCUUUCCAGACCAUCACCCCGUCCGUCAUCAUCUCGCUCGCUUUCCGACUUCUUGUCUUUUACUGCGCUACCCGCAUCAUCCCUGCGGUACGCGAGUCUGGAGCUCGUGCUCUCAUGGAAGAGCCGUCUCUUGAGGAGUCAGACGCAGCCAACUGGCUACUUGGAAUCAUCACCUACUUCUCGCCGUCUAUCCUCAUCGCCAUGUACACGAGCUUGCUCCUACAACAUUUCUCCACCAACGACGGACCGGAUGGUUGGACUCUGAGAGGGGGCGAUCCAGGCGGCAACGUCUGGCGUUGGACGAAUGUCGCAGCGACAAUGAGCCUGUACGCGAUUGAGCUGUAUCUGGGCAACGAGGACCAUGACGGUGGUCUGACAAAUCAUUGGAAGAUGGAUUAA